AUGAAUGGCCACUCGGGAGCCAUGUCGCCCGUCUCCGUGGAUGGCAGCGACUGGUCCGGCCUCAACCAGUAUCAAAAGUCGGACCCGCCCUUCUCACCGACCGUCUCCUCGCGAGGCAAUCUAGCCACUCCUCCGACCUCCGGGGUCCCCAGCGCUCCCUUGAGUCCCAACAGCAUUGGACCACCCGGUAGUGGCAAUCCCUCUCCACCCAGCUCGGUCGCAGCACGAUCCAGCGUCGGUACUCUCGGCGGCGAUGGCCAGCGCGAUGGUGGCCGACGAGGCCGACAGAUGGAGGAAAUCCUGCAUCAACACUACGUGACCCUAAGACGAUUUCUCGAUGCCUCGAUGCGCGAGGACCGGUUGAACGGCCGAUCAAAUAAAGCCCGUGACAAGCUCCUCCGACUCUCGCCCACUCAGUUCCACGAACUGAGUACCGACGUCUACGAUGAACUGGUUCGUCGCCAGCAGGCCAUGCCUCCGCCCGGUCGACCCCCUCGUCCCGACGUGCCUCCUUUCCUCCCUCCCCGCAAAGACUUCCACGAGAAGCGCAACCAUGCCCGUCAAAAGCUCUCCUCGCUUCCUCACCAGCGUUUCCGGGACCUAGCGACCGAUGUGUUUUGCGAGUUGGAGCGUCGGUUCCCACAUUUCACUGGCCGCGGGCGGCCACCGCCGCCUGGCGCCAGACGGUCCCAGUCGCGAGGUCCUCCUCAGAUGGGCCGGGGUUAUCCGUCCGGUGGUCCGCCUGGGAGCCCGUUCCCGCCGCGGCAGGGUUCGCUCGGAGGUCCACCGCAAGGGAUGAAUGGAGAUGGACCGUUCCCGCGGGCUUUCCAGAGUAACACCAUGGUCCCGAAUAAGAGUACGAUGGUGGAGGAUAGUGAUGAUAUGGGAGGGGACGAUGACGACGAUGCCCGGAGUGAUGCGUUUGCUUUGGACGCUGUCCUGAGCAGACGGGGUACGACGACAACUCUCGGGGACAGUGAGCGGAGACUACUCAUGGAGAGCCAGACGCAAAUUUCGGCACUGCAAGAAAAGGUCGAAAAAUUGGAGGAACAGCUUCGCAUGAAAGAUGAGGAGAUUGCUCGGUCGUCCGAUGCAGACCAGUCUGGCAUAAGCCACAGCGAGCGUCAAGAGUGGGACGACUUGCGACAGGAUCUGGAGAGCAAGGUUGCCAAAGCGGAGGAUUUCAACAGCUCGCUUCAGCUCGAGCUUGAGAAGGUUCGGGCGGACCACGACAACAUGGAACGAGAGCUUCGCAAUCAGCUUGAAGAGGUCAGCCAAAGUGCGGGAGAUCCUGCUUUGGAGGCUCGCUUCUCUGAGUUGGAAGUCAAGCACCAAAGCCUGCAAACGGAGCUGCAACAGCAGCAGCAGGUCACAGCAGAGGUUCGACGUGAGGCUUCGGAGUUCCUUAUGGAGAUGAAGACCCUCACGGCUCAGAGUCAUUCGAACUGGGAGCGCGAAGAGCGAUUGUCCACCGAUGUUAAUAGGCUCCAAGCCGAGGUCAACGAAUGGAAGCACCGUUAUGCCAAGGCGAAAGCGCAGUCGCGUCACCUUCGUGCCUCAUCUGGUGGCUUCGCUGAUCACCGACCUGAUGCGAGAAACGCCAUGGCGCAGGAGCAUGAGCUGGUACAGGCUGAUGGCGUGGUCAAGGAUAUCCAUGUCACCAAGUUCCAGAUGUCGAUUGACGAGCUACUCCGUGUCGCUCGCUUCGAGGAUCCUCAGCAGGUGUCGCACCAGAUCAAGUAUGUCAUUAUGGCCGUUCGUCAUAUGAUUCAAGAUGUGGACCAGGCUCCUCCUCCAGUCGAUGGUCCGGCUACUCUGCGCAUCAAGGCCAAGGGCCGCGUCUCCGCCACUGCAAACAACAUGAUCACUGCCGCCCGCAACUUUGCUAGCUCCAGUGGCCUGUCGCCAAUUUCUUUGUUGGAUGCGGCAGCCUCGCAUCUUUGCACUGCUGUCGUUGAAUUGAUUCGCGCGGUCAAGAUCCAGGCAUCACCUGCAGAUGGUCUGGAGGAGGACGAGGAGGAUCUCUCGCAGGAGAAGUUCCCAGACUACUUCAGCACCACGGCUAGUCAGAGGCGACUCAGUAAUCACUCCGAUUAUAGCGUCCUGAGCCCUCCGGAUCAAUCGCACCCUGCGAUGCAGAGUGGCCUGACGAAUGGCAAUGGAUAUGGCUACGGGGCUCCUCAGGAGGACCACGAGCUCCAGGAACUUAAGCUCUACGUUGAGGACCAAACUGAUAGCAUGGUCCAAUCCAUCCAAGCCCUGGUAGCCAGCAUCCGCGCCGAGCAUGGCAUGGACACCGUGCAGACGUACGUUUCUGCCAUCGGCGACAUCGUUGCACAUGUGUGCUCCUCUACAGAGAACAUGAUCCACGACCGUAGCGGGGAUGCUUCCCUGCGCGAGCGAACCGAGUCAGUGAUUCAGAGUUUGGAUCAAUGCCGCGAGCGGUUGAUGAAGAUUGCCGCUGAGGGACACGAUGUUACCAGCCCUGAGCAUCUGCGCGAGAUCACCAACCAGCUACCACCAAUUGCAUUCGAAACAGCCCGUCAUGCGCAAGACCUCGUGCAGCGUCUUGAGUCACUAGCCCAAGCCGACGACGACGAUUUCCGGUGA